CUGCCUUUUUUCAUCUUUGUAUGGUUUUAAUCGACUGUUUGUAUUCUUGACACCUUUCCUUUUUUAAAAAGUGACAGAAUUCUUAUUGUAUAAAAGUUUAUUCCCCGCUGCAUAUCGCACAUUUUUACCCUCUUUUUUGGAAUACUAUGGAUUCAGCAAACCAAGACGAUCGUCUACAUCGACUACAAUUACUAAAAGAUCGCUUAGAGAAUUACAAAAUAAAAAAUGAACUUAUUAUGAAAAGAGAAUUAGAAGAAGAAGCAAAGGCAUUAGAGAGAGAGAAAGUUAAAAGAGAACAAGAAGCAAGAUUAGAAGCAGAACGUAAAAUACUGAUAGAAGAACUACAAAAAGCAAAGCUUCAAAAAGCAGCUGCACUAUCUGCUAUGAACCAAGCACCACAGCCUCAAACUGUUCUUCAGCUUCAGUUAGAACUUCAGCAGCAACUACAAAGACAACAGCAACAACAACCGCAGCAACAACAACAACAACAACAACCUUUAGUAUCAUUUGGUUACCCAGCAGCAAUAACAGAAAAGGAGGCCAUCAACUGGCUAAAGCAUGGAUUCUAAAGGACAUGCAUGUAUAUAUAUAUUUAUUUCGUCACUAUAAAACAUAUUUCGAUACAAACUUGUUAUCUCAAUGAUUAUAACUGCUCUUCCACAACUUGGAACAUAUAUAAACAAAAAAAAAAGAAAGACUUCGGAUAAACGCUUUAAGAACCGAGAUUUGAAGAGAAUGAUGAAACGUUGCCCACAAGAUUUUAUUUAUAUAUAGUUUUAACAAACAGUUGAUUGCUAAAUCCUCAUCUUUUCACAUCAAUCUCUAUUUUUUCUAUAUUCGAUCAUAUGAUACUUUUGAAACUUGCCUUGCGUCUUGUUUCGAGAAAGCAGUAAACAUCAACUGAUUUGCUGCAACACAUAUCAAAAUGGAUAUAGAUGUGAUACAAUAAAAAUAACACUAAAUUUCAGGUUUGUGCACCUUCGCAGUUACUACCGUGACUGUAAGCCGGAAAUU